AUGGGGAACUGUUCUGGAAAAGAAAAAAGUGCGCCGAUUGAUAUUCCUGUGGAUAAUGACGAAAGCAAGGAGGUUCUUCCUGAAGCCUAUAAGAUCGUCCUCCUUGGAGAUCGUGCAGUAGGCAAGUCUAGCAUUGUAAAGCGGUUUACAGAAAACACAUUUACAGCCGCCCAUGCGCUCACAAUCGGUUCUGCGUUUGCUUCAAAAGAUAUGGUUCUCCAACGUGAGGACGGAGAAGAGGUGACCGUGAAGCUUCACAUUUGGGAUACUGCCGGAGAAGAGCAGUAUCGUUCCGUUACGCGCUUUUUCCUGCGAGAGGCCGUGAUUGGGCUUCUUGUUUACGAUGUUACAGAUUUAGAUUCGGCCUCGAACAUGGAUGAGUGGCUUAACUGUCUAUUAGAAGUGAGUCCGAACGUCCAGGUUCUGAUUGUUGGUAAUAAAAUUGAUUCGGCGAACCGGAAAGUCAAAUCGGAAGACAUCAUUCAUUAUGCUGCAGCCAAUCAGUUUGAAGCAAUCGAAUGUUCCGCAAAGAGUGGGGAGAAUAUUUCCGAAGUGUUCUGCAAGGCGGCCGUAAUCGCGUAUAAAACGAUCAAUGCCUAUAAUGGAUCGGUGAAAGUCAUUCAUAUUCUGUUUUGUGUUUGGUUUCAAACAGCUCAGAACGCUUCAAAGAUUUCAUAA